AUGAAAUUCCUUCUCAUCGCACUUUUGUGCGUUACCGUAACCGCUUACCAUGACAAAAAAUCUAUGCUCGAAUCGAAUCGCAUUAUGGAUCCUGAAGAACUCAAGGGUAUCAAAUCUGCAGCUUGUGACGAAUGUCAAAGUGUUAUCCAAAAAAUCAUCGACGCUUCAAAAGAUCCAAAGAAAUUGGAAGAAUUGAAAUUGGUUUUGAGCAUGUUGUGCAAAGAAACUUCGUAUAUUGAGGAAUGCCGAUUGUUUGUUAAUAACAUUGACAAAUUCAUUGAUACUUUGGCUCCAUAUUUGGUAAGUCCAUAAAUUAUGGCUUCAAUAUUUCUUGAAAGAAAAACGUCUUCAAAUUUUCAUUUUCAGAAAAAUCCAAAAGCCAUUUGCUCUCGCGUCCAUUUGUGCUCAAACAAGAAAAUCGAAUCAUUCCACAAACUUUUGUUGGAAUACACAGCUCGCGCUGGAAAAGCUCUCACCUCCGGACCAAAGAUCGUUUGCGACGAAUGCGAAUUCGCCGUAAAGGAACUUAAAACCGCUCUUGAAAACAAAGAUCUUCAAACUGAUGUUCGCAAUUUCUUGCGUGAAAAUGUUUGCAAUGUUUUGGGAAGCUACAGAGGAUUCGUGAGUUUUUCCUGAUUCCUCAAAAACUUCAGUCAGCUCUUACAAUUGAAUUUCAGUGCGACUUGGUUGUCGAUGAAUAUUUGCCACAAUUCAUCCAACAAGCUGACGCGAUUCUUUCCGAUCCACACCAAGUUUGCGUCGAUGUUCAUGCUUGCGAUGCUUCACGUCAAACUCCACGCAAGAAAUAUGUGGGUCUCAUUGGAUUCGUUCAACGUCACAUCCUCUAAAUAUUUUCCUAUUGUGCUUUUUGUAUUUAUUUUUGUGUCUUCUUCCCAUAAAUCGCAUAAUUCUUACCUAUGUUGUUUUUGUGAACGUCAAGGAAUUUUGGAAGAAUUGUCAGAUCACGAAAAAUCGUUUUCUGAAAGUUGGAAGAAAUCUGAAUACGAUUCAGGACUGGUCGAUAUUGAUAUCAAAAUCCAAUGUUUCCUUGUUAAAAGAAGUUCAGGCUUCCAAAAUCCAGACAUUCUAGACUUCUAUUCAAUAAUUUUCAAAAUUUCAGAACUUCAAUAAAGGUGAAGUUGAAAACAUCGAAACAGAAAUGGAGAAAUUCUGGGGUGGUUUGACGAUGAAAUCAAAACACGGAGAGGUGAGAUAUUUUGAAAAAAACAUUCAAAAAAGUUUAAUCCAAUUUUUUUUCGUACUUUGAUCUCUCGAUUCAUUUCCCAGACCAGAUCACGAAAAGAUCAAUCGCCCCCACAUUUACAAAAGCAUUUUCAAUAUUGUUCCAUUUAGAUCCUUGCAAUGUCUUGUUUCGAAUGCCAAUUGAUGGUUGAUGGUUUGCAAGAGGAAAUGAUUUCGCAAAGAGUGAUUUUUUUCAAUUCCUCCUAAUCUUCAACAAAAAAUAUUUCAGAAAGAGAUUGCUGGCGAUAUCCAAUCAUUUGCUUGCAAUAAAAUUGUACCAGAAAAUAUGACAGCUUCUUGCAAUGACUUUUUAUCAAUCUAUCUUCCAACAGUUAUUCAAAUGACCAUUGAACAAGUUACUGCAAAAGGAAUUUGUCAAGCUAACAAAUGUUGUCCAGUUAAUUUGGAUCAAAGUGUUUACAAGAGUUUCAGCUAUCAAGAUUUGGAAUCGAAUAAAUGCGGAGUAAUGAAAAAUCUUGAAGGAUACAUGAAGGAAAAUCUCGAAACUUCUGCUCUCAAAAAAUUCGUUGAAUCAUCUUUGACCGGCUCAAUUUGCGAGAAAGCCUUCCGCAUUUUUGCUCCAAUUUGUCAACAAUUUAUGGGAGUGACGGCAGAAUCAUUCGUCAAAACUACAGUAUCCCUUGCUUCAAACCAAAAAUUCAGCAGAGCAUUGCAAUGUCAUUAA